AUGGCUCAACUAAUCGAUUCAUUUCUUCAUCUUCUUCUCCUCCUACUAUCCUCCACCCACUACUCCUCAUCAGAGGAAGCAGCUAAUCACCAUAACGUCAUCGACUACGGCGCUAAACCAGAUGGCGAGACGGAUUCGACCAAAGCAUUCCUUGAUGCAUGGGACGCCGCCUGCGGCUCGCCAGCACCUGCGACCAUCCUGGUGCCCGCCGGCUUCUUCUUGGUGAAUCACGUCACUUUCCACGGUCCCUGCAAGAGCAGCUACAUCACCGUCCAGAUCGACGGUACCCUUGUUGCACCAACCGAUUAUGCCAACUUUGGAAAGACCAAGCAAUGGAUGAUGUUUAAUGGAGUCCAGGGUGUCUCGGUGUCCGGCGGGACCAUCGAUGGCCGUGGCAAGUCUCUCUGGGACUGCAAGAAUUCCGACGGGGACUGCCCCGAAGGUUCAACCUCGUUAACGUUCAGGAAGUCAAAGAACGUAACGAUCAGUGGGUUGAGGUCGAGGAACAGCGAGCUGUACCACAUGGUGAUCGAAGACUGCGAGGGGGUGACGGUGCAAGGCGCCAAGAUCGAGGCUCCGGAGGACAGCCCGAACACCGACGGCAUCCACAUCCACAAGUCCACCGGCGUGACGCUUAUCCGGUCCGAUAUCGGGACCGGCGAUGACUGCGUCUCGGUCGGCCCCGACACGACAGGCCUGUGGAUCGAGCAGGUCACCUGCGGGCCCGGCCACGGCAUAAGCAUUGGGAGCCUGGGGAAGGUGUAUGAGGAGAAGGGGGUGGAGAACGUGACGGUGAAGUUGGUGGAGUUGACCGGGACGACGAACGGGCUGCGGAUAAAGUCGUGGGGGAGGCCGAGCACGGGGUUCGUCAACAAUGUGCUGUUCCAAAACGUCACGAUGCAAAAUGUCAAACAUCCCAUCAUCAUUGAUCAGAAUUACUGUCCCCACCACGAGGGAUGCCCUGGCAAGGAUUCUGGGAUAAAGAUCAGCCAGGUGAGUUACAGUAACAUCCGGGGAUCAUCUGCGACAGAAGAGGCAGUAACGUUUAAUUGCAGUGCGGCUAACCCAUGCAACGGAAUAAGGCUAGAAGAGAUAGAACUGACAUAUCGAAAUGAGCCAGCUAAGUCAUCUUGUGACCAUGCUCAAGGCACUUCCUUUGGCAGGGUCAAUCCUCCAAGUUGUCUUCAGUAA